CGCAGAAUACCCACCGCUUGGGAAUCGAUCGGUCGGGCGAAUUGGACGGUUUUAGCGGUUUGACCGGGCUUUUCCGGGUCUGACCGUGCCUGGGCAGAGCUGUCACUGGGUGCUUACCGCCCGUUUUUGACAGUGGUUUCGGGCGGAUCCGGGUCGCCUGGCGGGUUGACCCGCGGGCUAACAAGCUUUAUCCAAAGUGACAUCUCAAGUCCCAACCGCCUGUUUUUUUUCUUUUGCCGAGGCCAGGGAGUAAAGCCGCCAGAAGCAGUCGGGGACGGAGACAAUGGUGUCGCAACACGGCAUCCUAUACGCCGUCCAUCUCAUCACCAAUCAGUUCGGCAAUCUUGUCGCUAAAGUCUGUGAAUGUCUACUGCGCAACGGAGCAUUGACACUUCAAGCCAUAGUUCGACGAACCGAGCUCUCUCCGGCUAAAGUCAGGAACUGCUUGCUCGUCUUAAUCCAGCACAACUGCGUGCAGGCUUUCAUCCUUGAAGAGAGCGUGUCAGGGGAGGAUGCAGGAGAACCAGGGAAAGCCCUCACGCUGUAUAUUGCAUUGUUUGUCAACAUACUUCAUCGUGUGAGGUUUUCCAAGUUCAUGGAUGUGGUGUCGAAGGAACUUGGUGGCUCGUGUGGGGAACUAUUCAGAGGUUUGCUAGAACAUGGUAGGCUUACGGUAAAGCAAAUAGUGGAUAGAGCUGGUGCAAAUGCCAAGGAGAGUACCAACACAGUGCAGGAAGACCUUGGUAAACUUGUGAUGGCCCAUUACGUUGAAUGCUGUCCUGCUCCUGAACCUUUAGUUCCACCACCUGAUGCUGAUACAAAGAAGCGUGCCAAAUCUUCAAAGGUAAUGGUGGAGCCAUUAACCCUAGAGCAGCGUGUUAUGGCUGUAGCAAUGCCUUCAGUGAUGAGAAGAUUCUCAUUUGUACCUAACGCAGACCAAGUAGCGGAUGACCAGCAAAAUGUAAAUCAGCCCCCGAGUAAAGAUGUUGGGGAAAAGCGCAAGCUUCAUGAUUUGGAGUCUGAUACGGCACUUGAAGAAGAGGUCGAAUGUAAUUGGCGUGCAAAUUUUGAGGAAUUGCUUCGGCGUCUUCGGCACAAGGCCUGUGUCGAUACCAUAAAAGUACGCUUCGAUGAUGCGGCUGCAACUGUUCUGAGUGCAAUGCUUGAGGCAUCUAGAGCAGAAGAGGACAAAGUAAAAACUGCUAACUCAGUGCCGUUAUCGCUGAAUACUAUAUAUGAAGAAGUUGUGAAGAACGAAAAGAAUCACAGUAUGACUUUUGAUCAUGUCAGAACUUGCCUUGAAGAGUUAAGCUGUCCCCCAACCUUUGUAAAAACGGAUGAUGAAUCAUAUAGUAUAGAUUUCACAAAAAUCACUGAAGCAGCUCAGAGUGAAGAGAUUGAGUCCAUUGUUUUGAAAAGAUUUGGAGAGACCGCAUAUAAAAUUUUCCGCUUACUGUUUAGGGCUGGCUGCCUCAUGGAAACAGAUAAGAUUGCUGAUAGGAUAUUUGUGGAGAAAAAGGAGACAUCGAAAACGCUUUUCAAAAUGUGGCAGGAUGGAUACCUGCUCAUGGAGAAACUGGUUGUGGGUGGUACAGCUACUGGUCCUAGCUACGGCGGCUCUUCCUACUUACUGUGGAAAGUAAAUAAGCGGCUUCUUCGGGAGACUGUCCUAGAUGAGAUGUUUCAUGCCGCCUUGAAUCUGAACCUACGUUUAGCUCAUGAGAUUGACCAAAAUAAGGAGGUCCUGAAUCUGCCGCCGGAUAAACGCGAGGGGCCUGACAAACAAAAGUUUGAUAGACUGAGAAACGUCAGAUUGCUCAUCCAUUCCUCGCUGAUGAAGCUCGACGAAGCGAUUAUGCUCUUCCAUGACUUCUAGUUUUAUCCGUUCUUUCAUCAUAGACUGAUUUCGUUACAGUUUUUAGGCCUUUUAACUUAAUAUAUUAGAAUCGCAUCUUAUGGUGUCAUAAUCUAGUUGCAGUAUUUGACUAGUCUCUCAGCUUGUUCCUUGAUAAUCUCAUGCGAUAAAUUUAGAGCUGUCUUCUUUCAUGGACGGGCGGCAAGGGGAGAGUGUUUGGAUUUUUCUAUGUACAAGGGAAGCAGAUGGGAAUGGCCAAGGGGAAGAGACAUCAUUUGGCAAAAAUCAAACCGUUUUUUUUUUUUUUUUUUGGGUUUCUUGAUUACAUAAACUAAAAUGAAUUAGUAGGUUAGUA